AUGUCGUCGGGCAACGCUGCUGGUGGUGGUGGUGGUGGCGGCGGCGGCGUGCGGGAGCUCGGCACCGUCACAGCCGGCAUGGCCAUGAUGAACUUCGACGAGAAGACAAAGCCGUACACCCGCGCAGACUUCCUGCGGUUCUUGCAGAAGUACGACGAGAACUUGAGCCCGUCGGAGAUGCGACUGAUCGAGAAGGGGAUGCUGGGCACCUUUCUCGGCAUGCCGCUUGGCUUCGUUCUCGGCUACAAGAUUAGCUCGCGCUUCGCCUGGCACCGUGUGGUGCGCGCGUUCGCCUCAAUUGACGGCAAGGAGGGUGCCAACAAGCCGUCGUGGAUCGUGCGCAACGCUCCGACUAUCGGCAAGACGCUCUUCGGUCUAACAGGGGCGACGAUUCCGUACAUGGUGGUGCAGCAGUGGUUCAUUUCGCGCGUGCUGGAGCUCGACGAGCACGAGAGCAACCUCUCCUUCCACGUGCGGCGCCUUCUGAUUACGCAGCGCAGCGGCAUGAUGUUCAAGCGCACAGCCACACGCGAAGUGACGCGCGAGGAACAGGAGCGGCUGCUGCAGGAGUCCGCGGAACAGGCGGAGGAGAACCGCACAGGCCGCCGCAGCGGCGUGAGUGCGGGUGCGAUGGAUGUCAAUCUGCGCCUAGGGCAGCAGGUGCUCACGCCCGUGGCGCAAACUGGCUACAAGCCAAUGCCGGGCCAGUCAUCGUCUUGA